ACUUAUAAYAAAUGGUCGCAUUGAAUUCAGGCAGUCUGACCAUCAACACGCAAAGCGUCGCUCAAAYUGAAUAUAAAUCCAAUCCUCCAAAGCUUAGACUUAACUGAGAAGUUCAUACUUUACAUCGCAGCACUCAAGAAUAGGAUUCAGUAAUUCUUGUUUUGGGAAAAUUUUAUCAAGAACGAACUUUACACACAGUACUAGUCACGAAGCGAUGGCCUCCAGAAACUACCGCAGUCAACUACCACUGCCACUUCGAUACCAAAGGYUACUAAGACUACAUCGCUACAGGCYAUUCAUGCCAAAUCAACUUACCCCAGAAAUGUUGAAAUACCAUUUAAGGUGGAUAAACCAACAAUCUAGGAUCCCAAAAGGAAUGAUCUGUGAUCACUGUGAACAACUAGUCCCUGAUAAMGCAAAGGGACGAUAUAAGUGUGUCCGCUGUCAAGCAAAAUAUUGCAGUAAAGAGCAUCAAAAGGCAGCUUCAAAGUUCCACCACAGAUCAUGCAAUCGCUUCCCAAGAGAUCCCUCUCCUAGAAAUAAUAAUAAUCUUUCUUCUAAAGAAAUCCUACAAGAUGAAGACCAGGCUGAAGUGAUCUACGGAAAUCCUACGAACCUUAACCAGAACUUGAACAUUGCAAAAUAYGUUAUAGAGAAUUUAAGAAAAUAUGGACAUUGUGUUUUGGACAAUUUUCACGGGGAGAGAAUUGCUAAAUCAGUAUUAAACGAAGUGAAGGCUUUACACAGUCAAGGUUCGUUUAAUUAUGGCCAACUUCAGUCUACUUCAGGACAUGGGACUUCAAAUAGAAGAAUACGAGAAGAUGAGAUAACGUGGAUGAACGGAAACGAAGCAGGCUGUGAAAAUAUCUCCCAUCAUAUGAGCAUCACAGAUACGUUACUACAACUGUGUAACUUCUUCAUCAAAGAAAACAAGAUUGAGAUGCGAUCUCCGGCCAUGGUAGCUUGUUAUCCAGGCAAAGGGACAGGAUACAAGCGACAUAUUGACAACCCCAACAAAGAUGGUCGUUUGAUUACCACGCUGUACUAUAUAAACCCUGGAUGGGAUGUUCAGAGUGAUGGUGGAGUUUUGAAGCUGUACCCAGAAUCAAAGUUCUUCCCAGAUUCAGAUAAGACAGAGGUAGAGAUAGAACCAGUGUUUGAUAGAUUGCUGCUUUUUUGGUCRGACAAGAGGAACCCACAUGAAGUAUGUCCUGCUUACAAAACCAGGUAUGCUAUUACCCUGUGGUACUUUGAUACGGAUGAGAGAAAAAAGUUCUUUGAAAAGUUGAAACAGAAAUCUCAAGUGAGUCAAGCCAAACCCACUGAGGAACUCACUCCACUCAAAGAGAAGGAAGUAAUAAGAGAGAAAGAAAGCAGUGAAGCUUAGUGGUUUGUGAUGUUUCUUGCUAUUUCAAUCAAGCAUAAUUGAUAAAUGGUGGUUACUUCCUGAUGCGUCCACCACAGAGCAGUAGAGUAAGUUGUACUCAUAAAGACAAUGUUUGGCACUACUGUGCCAGGAGAUUCAACCUCAUGCAAUUAACUGAAGCUAAAUAUCAUAAAUCUAAGAUUUAAUACUCUAUCCUGUUACCAGAUUWUACAGAAAGGUAAUAUUCUAGACGUUUUCAGUUUACCUCAUAUUUCUGUGUUACAGUMGGUUUCACAUUACUUUACACCUUUGGGUCCCGAACUAUGUUCGGAAAUUCCCAUGUUGGCAACCAUGCUAUUUCAGAACUUUAAAACAAAGUUUGUUUCAAAGUUUAGAAUUUGGUUUAGCAAUAGAAUUUAAAGUUCUCGAAGGAAAUCCCGAAGCUUCUGGUUGAAAAUCAAGAUUGUUUGCUGCAAAAUAAGCCAACCAAGUUCUGAAAUUUGGCGUAAAAGUUCAGAAGUGAAACCGACUGUAACUUAUCUUUUAAAUUUCAUGUCUUUAAAUAUUUUCCAUAACUACUACCCAGAAUAUCAGUUGAAAUUUAGUACAAGUUUCUAAAGUUUAUGUAGAAGCAUGAAUUUUACCWCAAAUGUGAAGCACUUGCAUUUGUCAAUGUUGGUAGCAGGGGCGUAUCCAGGGGGGUCACAGGGUGGCCAUGACCCCCCUUUUAAAGCCAAAAAAAUCUAACYGGCUGUUGAUGCAGUGUGUGAAGAUUUGUUUAGACUUAACUUAGGCAGUAAAGAAAAUCAGUUUUUUGCGCUUCUCGGAGCCGUCUUUUCAUUUCGUUUCCCUUCUAUCGACCAUGAUUCUUUUUUGUCAAAGCAAUAGAUUGCUAUGACGUCAUAUUGACGUCAUAUGACGUCAUAGUGACAAUUUGUUAUGUAAGGAUCCCCCAGUUACAAUUCCUGGAUACGCCCCUGGGUAGUAUGAAUUUGUUGUGAUAUCCAUUCUGCCACCAUCAGGACAGGAGUUCAGGGAGUGGGUGAGUUGCAUGGACUUAAAAUGACACCCUGAUCUGUUGUGACAGUCUGUAGCUCUCCCAUAACCUAAGCCAGUGCGACUACCCUGUUCUUUCAAGUCCCUUAAUAUAUAGGCUAGAUGUGCUAUAAGUUCACAAUGAGAAUCAAAGUUUAUGCACAUAGAAAUGAUAUCAAUUUCGGUCUCCAAAAUGUAAUGUCAUGUAAACUGAGAAAGCCUAUUAUUGUUGAGUUACAAAUCUAUCCUUACCAGGAGUAUCAAGGGUACAGCUAUGCCUUUUUAAAUGAAAAUAAGGCCUAUUGUCUUGGCUAAAAGUGGUCACUUGGGAAACUGGUACCAUACAAGCCUUCAUUUUUCACUUGACUGAAAUGUGGGUUUCAGAACUCCUGCAAAUCUACUGACUCUGUGCAUACCCCUGAGUACCAAGAGAGAUGUAGAGAUGUGCAUGUAUGGUGCCAAACGAUGGGAUCCUUGAUGUGUUGGCAAUAGUAAAACAUAGAAGCAAAGCCUCAUUACUAAAUCAAAGUUUGGAGGCACAAACGAAACGAGUUUUCUUAAAAUUUUGAAAUCRAUAUCGAGUCAUUCAAUUGGUAUAAGUAUGUAAUUAAAAAUGAAUAUGCUAUGCUGCGAAUUAUAUUUAUAUUUCCUAGAAGAGCAUUCAGUCAAAUCUUUUAUGUUUUAUUAUUUGAGCACAACAACAUUUCAGCUGCAAUKUAUUAUGCAUUCCUGGAAGGAGAUAAUCUAAUGUAUACCUAUUUGAAAAAGGUUGUCUUAGAGAAUACAGAAUGCUGCAUACUGAAUUCCUUACUAUGUUAAAAUGAUGAAGGCAAAGUACAGAACAGUAUUCAUAUUCAUGCCAAAAAGAUGCAUUGGCAAUAAUAGUUAACAAGAGAAUAUUGUAGUUAGUUUAUUUUGUGUUUCGAAAAAAGCUCAUAAUUUUUACAAGAAUUCAAAAUCCUUUGUAUCGCAACCUUUUUUUGAAAAAAUAGUGUAUAUUCCUGUAUGAACCACUGAGAUGCAGGUCGGUGAAUGCCACAAGAAAGGAUUAUGGUCCUUAGAUAAAAUUACCUAGGCUAAAAUGAUUUACGCUGUGUAUAAAAAUAACCUUGAACAGAAUUCUAACUUUACGUAUAUAUAAAAUAUUGAACAUACCAGGAAAAGUCCUUAAAGAACUAUCUGUGCAUAUAGGCUAUUUGUAUAAUUACAUUUACUACUAUUACCAGAAUGCUUUGCAAGCGUUUUGUAUUUAAGAUGUUAUUCUCUUGUGACUGGUAGUCUGUCAGAAUUCCAAAUAAAAUGUGCAAGGAAUUCUGGUAGCUGUAGUAUAUGUAUCCCUUGUGGCAAUACACUAUGAUGUAUCAAAACAUUGGUAUAUUAUGUAAAUAUCUAAAUGUAAGCAUAUUGUGUUUUCUCCCACAUAUACGUAUGAACAGUAUAAAAUGAUCCUAUUAACUUGUAGUAGAGUUAGGAUCAAAAGUUGUACUAUUUAGUACAUUUUUAAAGGAGUAAAACGUACAUACAUGCUGUUUGUAGUUUAGUAUAWAGCACGCGGGCCUUGGCAUGAACCCAAGUAGAAGUGUUAGCGGUCUCUCGAUACAUCUCGGAAAUCCUGUGCUAGCGAUUAUAAUCUAUUCCCAUUCCAAAUAAACCUAAUCUCCAGAAA